CCAGUAAGAGAAGAAGAAAUCAGUCCCCGGUGCAGCAAAGUGUCCUUAUCGGCUUGUUUUCCUUGGGAUUUUUCUGCCAAUAAACAUUAUUUUUUACAUUGAAGUGAGGGUUUUAAUAAAGAGUUUGGUGCUCCGUGUGAAAGUGACUUCAGUUUAUCUGAGGAAACGCUCCAAGCGUUUCUCCACAGCCUCCCAGCAUGUCCAACAACUACCCGUACCGGCAGCCGCCGCCUGAUUCUGACCUGCGACCUGAACCCCGGCGCUAUGGUCCUGGAGCUGACAGAGACUUUUACCGUCAGCCUCAGGAGUCGUUUUCCUCCUCCUACCUGCCCUCCUCCUCUUCCUCCUCAUUCUCCAGGAGCUCAGCAGCGCUCCCCUCGGCUCAUGGCUCCCAGGAGUCCGUUUUGAGCCUCCUGAACAGCUGCGGCUUGGAGCCUGAAGAUCUGUCUAUGCUGGCGAAGCUUCCUGAAGACGUCCUUACAGUUGAGACUCUUCCUCAAAUCCUGCAGCAGAUCAAGGGGAGAAAGGGCCCGGUCCAACCGUUUCCACUAAGAAGUCCUCCUGAAGAGAUUAACUCUUUCCAGCAGUCCACAUCAAAGAUGGGAACCAUUAGACCUUCCAGAGCUCCUUCUCCCCCACCACCCUCUUCAUUUAUGCCCUCAAGCUCCGGCCAUUGGCCCUCUGGCAACCCCGUCUCCAGAGAGCGGGAGCAGCUCAGCAGGCAGCCCAUCCAGUAUCCUCUUCCAAUGUUCUCUACGACGACUGCGCCCCCUGAUCCAGCACUGGACCACUGGACGGGUCAUACGACCGCCAGCUCUUUCAGGUCCCCACCAUCAUCAUCCUCUUUACCAUUCAGACACACCACUGACCAAGACCACAGGCCACGCCCCCCUCGUUAUGGUAAGGAAGGUUCUUUCAGCACGGCGGGAUCAGUGGGUAGAACACGUCCUUCUCGUUUCUCUACCGGACCAGCUGAUUACAGAUCAGCUCCUCCUCCUCUUGACGAUCGACGCCAAGACUUCAAGUCAGCACACAGCAGCCGGGCCGCCGCCCCCGACCCCAUGCCCUCCAAGAAACAAGCUCUGGACUUCCACGGAACAUCACCGACGGAGUUCCCGUACUCAUGCUCUCUGUGUGACAUCACAGUCCUGUCAGAGAAGGCUUGGAUCCAGCAUGUUAACACCACGGGUCAUGCAGACGGACAGCUCAACUUGCUGCAGCAGUUUCCAAAGUGGGACUGUCGCCUGGACCAAGUCGCAAGGGAUGAUAGCAGAUCAAACCAGCAGAAAGAUGCACCGAGGCGUAGCCCACCCACUCCCAAACCCAGUCAGAACCGAGCAGAUCCCCAGAAGCAGCAGAAGGCGUCGGAUAAAGGGAAGGUGGUGUGUGCCAAGUUUGCCCCUCAGGCUGUAGAUGAGGCUCAUCUGAGGAAACUAAUCGAGCCGUUUGGAAAAGUUGAGAAGAUCCUCAUGUUUCCGUCUUUGGCGUUUGUGGAGAUGGGCUCUUGUGAUCAGGCAAAGGACCUGGUGAAGCACUACGGCAGCUCUGAGAAGGCCGCUGGGAAGGAGAAGAUCGAGUUCAGCAUCUCCAGCACAUUUAGCUUCCUGCAGAGCUCCCAGGUGGUGAGCUUCACUCCGGCGCCGACCGGCAAGGACGGACGCUCUGAUCUUAUCUGCAUCGCCAAACGCUUCGGAGAGCCGCUCUACACACUGUUUCUGCCAUCCAAGGCCUUCGUGGAGAUGAAAGUUUCUGCUGAGGCUCAGAAGCUGGUCAACUAUUAUACCUCCAAUACUCUUCGGAUCAACGAUGACAUCAUCCAUGUAGCCUUCUCAUUAGAGUACAGGACUCUUAUGCGGGUUCCAUCAGCCCAGAAGUAUGAGGAGGAACCAGUCAAGUCUAAGGAGUCCAACAGGGAGCAGAGGACUAGGUCCAGAGACAGGACCAGGUCCAGAGACAGGACCAGGUCCAGAGACAGGACCAGGUCCAGAGACAGGACCAGGUCACGGUCCAGAGGACGGAGAAGGAAAAGAAGCAGUUCUAGAGAUGGAAAGAGAAGAGAGACUAGAACCAGGUCCAGAGAUAAAUCCAGCCUGAAAAGGAGGUCCAAAUCCAGAGAGCGGUCCAGCAGUGGGCCUCCUGGGAAGAGCAAGUCUGAAGAACCCAAGAACUCUGAGCCCAGAUCUGCAGAAGAACCUCAGAAGAAAGAAGGUGUCUCCACCAACACAGAAGCUGCUAAGGAGAAGGAGAAACCGACGGCUGACGUAGAACGCUACACCACAGACGAGAGCGACAUCGAGGGCAUGGAGGUGAUCGCAGAGGAUGGAGAAGAUGUGAGGGACGAGGACGACCUGGAGAGUCAGGAUGAGGACCACCAAGAGAAACCCAAGUGUCCUGAAGCAGGUGGACCAAAGCUGGAGGUCAUGGAGGCUGAAGCAGAGAAGCCGGAGCUCCAGGUGGAGGAGCCUGCUGACACAGAGGAGGAUAUGGAAGCAGAAUUCCCGGUGGACCUGGAGAACUGCAUCACUCUGGAUGAGUUGAAGAGCGACGAUGAAGAUAUUCUUCCUGGUGGAGACCCUAAGGAGGCCUUGGAGUCCAGCAGGGUUCUGUUCUUUAGCGCCAUGCCUCUGCAGUACACAGACAUGGAGUUCAUCACCCUAAUGAGAGGCUUUGGGACGGUGGUCUGCUACCUUCUGAUCCAGAACAGACAACAGGGUUUCAUCGAGAUGUCGACCUCUUCUGAAGCUCUCAAAGCCGCUGAAGAGCUGCAGUCCAAACCUGCCUACCUCAACGGAACCAGACUGAUCGGCACCUUGUCUGAGAAGUUCUCUACUCUCACCAACGGGUGGCCCGUUCCCGAGGAGGAGAGCGAAGAAAGGAGGUGCGCCAGUGAACACAGCAAAGAUAACUCGGAAACGGAUGAGAAGACAAGGUCCAAAAUAACCCCACUGGAGAAAACCUCUGAAAUAGAUCAGGAGAUAGAGAGGUCUGGUAAUGUUCCACAGAUGGAAACUCCUGAGAUAAUCACAAAAACCAAAAAGAAAACAGAAACACCAGAUCAGAUGACUUCAGAUGGAAAGACUCAAGAGCAGGAACCACCCAGAAGUAUUGCUGAACCAGAGAUGGAGACAUCAGAGAAGUCAAAAUCCCCAAAAGCUACAGAAACAUCUGAAAAAUCUCCAGAGAAAAUAUUACCUGCUACGUCCUCUGUGAGAAAAACAAGAUCCACAAAUAGUCUGCAGAAGGAAACGGUUGAAAUAAAUCCAGAGGCUUCUGAGGAAUCACCAGAAAAACAGGCUUCUGAAAACAGUUCUGAGGAGGAUUCCACACAAGGACAGAACAGAACCAGGAGCUCCACCUACAGAGACAUUCCAGACACUAAUGCGGAGAAAAGAAAAGGGCCCCUUGACGACAACGUAGUGCCUCCAAAAAUUCGCAGGACUGAGGAAGCUGCAGAAGAGACUGAGAGGACAACUGAACCAAAGGCCACAGAGGAGAGAACUCUAGAAACAAAGACAGAAGAGAAUAAAACCAACUAUCCAGAAGAUCCACAGUCCUCUGAACAGGAGUCUGGGUUGAAAGAAGAUGCAGCACCAGCAGAGAAACCUGCUAAACCUGUUGGAGCAGAGUUUGUCCGACCAGUUGUUGGUUAUUUCUGUAAUCUGUGUCAGAUGAUCUUCGGUGAUGAAGAUGAAGCCAAACUCCAGCACUGCAGCACACCGGCCCAUUACAAGAAGUACCAGGAGAAAACGGGUAAAGAUCCAUGGAUGAGCUGAGUGGAGUCAACAGUUAUGGAUCAGAAACAAGGGGGAUUUUUUUGUGUGUGUGUGUUUGUCAGCUGAAAAUAUUUAUUCAGCAGAACCAGUUUGUUUUAACUACAAGUUUCAAAUAAACCAACUUUGA